CUGGCGACGGGCAAUACGGUGUAUACGGUGGUGGGGACGCAGCGCUAUGUAUUCAACGUGGAUUUAGUUGUUCGCGGUGAAAUGACUGCCGCCCUAGAGAUGGGUCGCCAGUUCAACGUCUUGGCUCUCGCUCUCAGCGCGCCAUGAUUGGCUGAGGACCUGCAGUGCCGUGAUUGGCAGCGGUGAAGGAGACGAUUUCCAUAGGGGAAAUCUAAAUCUCAUGCACCGCUAUUUCCAUAAGAAGCGACUUGCCGCUGUUUUCUGUCCUCUUCACCCUUUCAAUUGACUUUGUCUGUCUAUCUCGCUUUUAAUUACUUUCCCUUCUUCAACAGGAACCCUCUUUAUACCAAUCACCAUGUCUCCAUCCGCCCUCGAGCAAGAGAACCACACCCGCGAUGCCGAAUUCAACAAGGCCAUGCACGGCCAAUCUGCAAAGGCGCGUGGUGGCAUGACGGCCAUGCUACAGAAGGACCAGUCGGCGCAAAAGGCUGCCGUCGACGAGUACUUCAAGCACUGGGACAACAAGACGGCCGCCGACGAGACUGAGGAGACACGCAAGGAGCGACGAGACGAAUAUGCUACCCUGACAAGGCACUACUACAACCUGGCCACCGACUUGUACGAGUACGGCUGGGGCCAGAGCUUCCACUUCUGCCGCUACGCCUAUGGCGAGUCGUUCCACCAGGCCAUUGCCCGCCAUGAGCACUACCUCGCCCACAAGAUGAACCUGCAGGACAACAUGCGCGUGCUCGACGUCGGGUGCGGUGUCGGAGGCCCCGCGCGCCAGAUUGUCAAGUUCGCCAAUGUCAACGUAGUCGGCCUGAACAACAACGACUACCAGAUUGAGCGCGCUACGGCGUACGCGGAGAAGGAGGGUCUCUCGCACAAGCUCAAGUUCACCAAGGGAGACUUCAUGCAAAUGUCUUUCCCUGACAAGUCCUUCGACGCCGUCUACGCCAUCGAGGCCACCGUCCACGCCCCCUCUCUUGAGGGCGUCUACAGCGAAAUCUUCCGUGUGCUCAAGCCUGGAGGUGUCUUCGGCGUCUACGAGUGGCUGAUGACGGACGCGUACGACAACGACAACCCCCGCCACCGCGAGAUCCGUCUCGGUAUCGAGAUUGGUGACGGCAUCGCCAACAUGGAGAAGGUCGAGGUUGGGCUCCAGGCCAUGAAGGCUGCAGGCUUUGUCCUGGAGCACCACGAGGAUAUGGCUGACCGGGACGACCCUUACCCCUGGUACUGGCCGCUCUCUGGCCAGCUCAAGUACAUCAGCACCCUGGGCGACAUCCCAACCAUCCUGCGUAUGACCAAGUUCGGUCGCGGCUGCGUCCACAAGUUCGUCGGCGCCCUCGAGAUGAUUGGUCUUGCGCCCAAGGGCACCCAGAAGACGGCCGACAGUCUUGCUAUCGGUGCUGACAACCUGGUUGCCGGUGGCCGCGAGAAGCUGUUCACGCCCAUGUACCUGAUGGUCGGAAGGAAGCCUCUCGACGCAUAAGGGAUUUAUUUCUGCCGUGUUUCAUUUCUCUAGACUCCUUUUGCGCCGACGACUUGUUGGUGCUUUCUUCUGAACUGCAUGCGUCGAUGGAGAUGCGUUUAUAUAUGACUAUAAUAUCUGAUGGCGGGCAUCAUGUGGAGUGUUGGUUACGGCUAUACGAGUUAGUUACAAAGCAUAGUGGGGAAUACAACGAGUAAUAGUGCAUUCUG